AUGUGCUUUAAAAUUGCUUUCAUAUUUGCUACAUGGUAAAAUAUUGAAAAUAUGUUAGUAUUUAUUAAGGCAUUAGUGAUUGUGUUUUUGAUAUCAUCACAAAACCAGAUACAGAAUAAAGAAUUAUUGAAUAAGACUUAAGAAAUUUAGGAACAAAAAGUUAUGGUUGGGGAGUAUGGACAAAAUAUGAAUAAGGAUAUGGAAGUCCAGAAUAAUUAAGUUAAAAAACAUCAAGUAUGCAUGUGUUAACAGAAAAAUAUUCAGAAAGAAUUAUAUUGUCAUAUUUUAUUGAAAUAGACAGAGAGAAAUUAAUAUUUAAUCAUCGAUUACUGAUAUAACAUGGAGGAAUGUUGCAAAUUAGAGAGUUGAAAAUUGAUGUAGCUAUAGCUAAUAAAAGAUGGGUUUUUUUCUAUUUUUGUUUCAAAGAGGAUUUAAAUUCUUAUAGUAUGUUUUUAUAUGUAGAAAAUGAUGUUUUUCAUGUAAGUAUGUCAUCUGGGGGACCUUAUGAUAUAGAUGAUUUGAUUAAAGACUAUUAUUUAGGAUAAACCAUUAAUGUAAAUUAUUAAAUAUAAAUAGCUAAUAAAUCCAUUUGAUGAAUCAAUAAAUUAUAAUUUAAGUGUAUUUAUUGGAUUGAUUAGCGAUAUGGAUUUAAGAUAGGGAGAGUCCAGUUAUUAUCCAGAUAUUUAGACUUUUUUAGAUAGUUUAGAAUCAACAAAUUGUGUAAGGAUUUUUGAAUGUUCAGGAGAAAAAAAAACAAUAGGUUUUAACAAUGCGAUUUUUGAUGAUUAAAGUGCUCGUAUAUUAUCAAAAUUAAAAUAUGAGAACUCUCGAUUUAUCCUUAGUGGAUGGGUGAGAGUUUCUUAGGUUCCAUAAUAUCAAUAGAGAACUUUAGCUCUAUUUAGAAUGACUUUGAAGAAUAAAUAUGAAGAUGAUAAAUAUUAUGGAGAUAAAGCAUUAUUUUGGUAAUAUUUGCAGAACUCUGAUUAACCAGAUUCAUCAGGAUUAAUAGUGACUACAUAUCAUGAAAAUGAUCCUUUUAUCCCUUAUACAACAAAUUAUAAUGAUAUGAUAAGUUAUUUGAGUUCUUAUUAUAGUAAGGCAAUAACUGAAUGGCAUUGGUUUAUUUAUGAAGAAGGAAGGAAUGGAGUUAAUAAUAUUUAGAAUACAAUUUUUUGGGGAAAUGGAGGUCAUAAUAAAAAAACAGAUAUAAAUUAAUUAAAAAAAACUCAUUUGAUUGAAACAACUUUAUUUAUGACUUUAGGAGGAGAUAAAUUUUAUAAUUUUAUUGGGUAAAUCUAAUAGAUUGAGUUUCAAUAUUGCCAUAACAACGAUAUUUAGUAUUUUAUAAGUAUGAGAAUUCUAUUUCAUAAUAGAAUGUCAUUAUAGUUGCUCAAGUUGUUUUGGCCCUGCAGAAACCCAUUGUAUAACCUGUCCAGAUGAAGAAAUUACAAAUCGAGUAUACAAUACAGGUCAAAGUAGUUGUGGAUGUAAGACAUCUUAUGUUGAAAAUGAAGAUACUCAAUGCAUUAGUAAUAUAUUAUAAUAUAACUUUUAGAAAGUCAAGAAUAUUUUUAAGAUGUUACUAUUCUUGAAGGAGAAGAAAAUAAUUUAUUUGCUUGUGGUUUAGGUUAAUUUUAUGUUUAAUUUGGAUAAGUAACUUAUUGUGCUGAUUGUCCAGGUAAUAGGGAACCAGAUUUCAUUAAUAGAAGGAAAUUGUUUUGUGUUGAUUGUCUUAAUUAAUAGUACACAUGGUAUUAAAAUCCAAUCUGUACAGAAGACUAUGAAUAAUUAAUUUCAAGUUCAACUAGUGCUUAUUAAAAGUAAGCUAGAAUACCAAUAGAUUAUGAGUAUUACCUUAUAAAUUUCAAUGAUUAAAUGAACAAAAUUGAAAUAGAAUUAUGUUAAGGUUGUUUAGGGGAGACAAUUGCAAAUUCUAAUUAUAUUGUAAAGUAAAAAUUGGAGAAAGAAAUAAAAAUUGAAUGCAAAACAUGUUAUUUAAUAAUUGAUGGAGAAUGUAUUAAUGUUAAUAAUAAUUGUAAUUCUUGUGAUUCAGAUAAAUGUAUAGAAUGUUAAUAAGGUUAUACACUCUAUUAAAAUUAUUGUUAUAAAUGUCCAAAUAUUUGUCCAAAUGAUUGUAUAUUUGAUGGAUAAAAAUUUGGUUGUUUAAAAUGUGACUUAGGUUAUUACUUAGAUACUGUAAAUAAUGAAUGCUUAUAAUGUGGAGCUAAUUGUAUAAUUUGCGAACCAGGGAUACCAGUAGAUGGAGAUUUCAUUUAAAUGAAAUGUUUUAAAUGUAUUCAUGAUAAAGACUUUUUUAUUGAUGCUGAUCAGAUUAAUUGUAAACCUAAAACAAUGCCUAAUUGCAUUUAUUAAUAUCAAGAAUUUUAUCAUCGCUAAAAUUUAUAUAAUUAUAGCAUUAAAUUUGCUUUUUAAACAACUUGGGACUUCAAUUUUUCUAAACCUUCCUCACAGUAUUUUGACAGAUGUGCACUUUGUGAAAAAGGUUUUAUAUAUAGCUUUUAUGAAUACGAAUUUGGCAAGGAUAAAUGUAUGCCAGAGUCAGAAAUUACUGAUUUAGAUAUCCCAAAUUUUGAUGCUCUUCAAGUUGCCCCAGAACCUGAAGAUGAUCAUUUCUAAAUAAUGUUGUUUCAUGAAAAUUCUGAUUAAUUUGGGUAUAUUGUUAAAUUUAUAAUGAUUCUCGGAGAUUAUAUGACAGCAGUUGUUGGUGGAAAAACUUAUAAUGUUACAGUAAUGUGUAAUAUUGAUAGAAAGGUCAAAAAAAGUUUAGAUGUUACUCCAUAAUAUGAGAAAGAUUUAUUAUCUGAAUGUUCUAAUAGCAAUUGCAAAUAUUGUAUCAAAAAUUAUGUAUGGUUUAAUGAAUAUUGUAUGUUCUGCAAUCAGGGUUAUUAUGCUGACAUGCAUUCAGGUUAAUGCUAUUAAUGUUUAGCUAAAUUACAUUGUAAAACAUGUCAAUAAUAACAUAAAAUUUACAAGGAUGGAUGGAAAUGGGAAAUCAGAGCAUAUUAUCGUGCAAGAACUUGUGCAGACUAUUGUUUUAGCAGUUUUAGUAUGAAGUGUGCCAGUACUAAUGCAGAUGAUUAUGAAGUCUAUUGUACAUCUUGUGAAGAAGGAUAUGAAUUAUUAAAUGAAAAAUGCAUUCAAAAAUGCAGUUGUUCUUAAUGUAUUAUACAAAAAGAUCGAUAUGUUUGUGUUGAAUGUCCUUCAUCUUUAAUAAAUAAUAAUUAACCUAUUUAAACCUUAAUCAAUAAUAAAUGUACUGAAUGUCCUGCUAAUUGUGUUUUAUGUCGAGAGCUAGAUGAUGAGGAAAUUAAAUAAAUCAAUCCUUACUUCAAUCCAUAAUAUAGUUAACUUGCUAUUUAUUCCAAAUCCUGUAUUAAGAGUUUUGCACCUGAUAACUCUAUUAUAUAACAUUAAUAUAUAUAUCGUGAUCCAAUAUUAAAUACUUAGAUUUUAUGUCAGCAAUUCUAAAAAUGUUAUUAAUACUUAGAAUAAUAAUAUACAAUUUAUUGCAGUCAAUUUGCAUAUGAUUAUGAUCUUGAUUAGGCUAUUAACAAAAAUGCCUUUCGAUACAAGAAUAUGGCAUUAUCUCACUUAUUUUCUGAAACUCAUUUCUCAAUUGAAUCUGAAAAGCUUUUUGAUGAACUUAAUAAGAAAUCUAUCAAAUCAGCUAAAUAUAUACUGAAUUUUAAAUAUUAGAAUGACGAACCAUGUAUUAUUCCACCUAAUUCUGUGAUCUUCUCAAAUCUUAGAAGAAAUGUCUUUACUCUUUAAUAUUUAGAAAUUAUACUUAAUGGAGACAUAACAAAGAAGACUUUCAUUUAAGGUGCAUUUUAUCUUCAAGAUUUCACUAAGAUUACCAUCAAAAAUUUUUAAAUUGUAAAAUCAACUAAAUUAAGCUCUAUUAGUAUUAGUCAGCUUAAUAGAGUUAGUGUAAAUCUUGAAAAUUUUAUGAUAAAGGAUUCAGAUUCUUAUAGAUUUUAAAUAAAAAUCAAAGACCCCCAAAAUAUUUUAGUCAGUAAGUUUUAAAUUAUAAAUUCUAAAAUAAUUGAUACAUAAGGGAUUAUUGCCUAUUCAUUCACAAAAAAGAUUAUUGAUAGAUUUGAAUUCUUGGCAAAUGAUAUUACACUUAUAAACUCUUAAUUUUAAAACACUUAAAUAUUCGUUUAAAUGUUAUAAAAUAAUUGCAAUAAUCAACUUCAUGAAAUCAUUUAAACUAAAUCAAUUAAAAAUUAAUUUACUUCAUCCUCAUUAUUUGAAACCUAUUUUCCUUUAUCAGAAAGAGAGUCAAGCUUCAAAAUCUAAGGAUUCUCUGUUGAUGGUGAUAUCUUGACAAAUUCUAGUUAUGCUAUACUAUAAGGUGCUCUUGAUGUAUUAUUAUAAGACUUGACAAUUCAAAACAGCAUCACUUAUGAAGGAACUAAAUUAUUUUAAUUGCCUUUAUUUGUUAUUAAGAAUUUCUACUUUCUUGGAAAUAGUCUUAUGAGUAGUGACAAUAGAGUAAUUACAAAUUUAAUAAAUAUUGUAUAUUCUGAUUUGGAUUCUAUUACUUCAAACAUAUUAAUUUUCGAUAAUAUAAAAUUCUAAUAAAAUUACUAUGUGAGUAGUAAAGGUUUCAUAGAAAUAAUUCAAAGUAGUAAUUUUCGAUUGUUGGAACUAAUAAUUACUGAUCUUACAUUAAUUAAGAAUGAUAUGAUAUUAGAAAGAGCAUCAUCAGAGAUGGUUAUUACUUUAGAAAACUCUACAAUUUAUUUGGACAUAACAAAAUUAUAAAUGACAAAGGUAUUAGUUGAGAGAAAUUUAAAUUUACCUGAAUUUACAAUAAAAAAUGCAAAGAAUGUCGUUAUUGACUAAUUUAAAGGAUAGUUGAUUUAAUAAUUUAAUAUACUCCAUCCUUCAUAAUCAUGUCUUUUUUCUAAAGACGAAGUUAGAUAAACAACUAUGUUGUUCCUUUUUAAUAUACUGGAUAUAUAAAUAUCAAAUUUAGAUAUGUUUAAUCUUACAUCUAUAAAUUUACCUUUGAUUUUAAUAAAAUCUAUUGAAAAAUAAAAUAAAAGAUAAUAGGAAAAGAUCACUUUAUAUAAUUGUAAAUUCACUAAAAACAUACUUUUAAUUACUGAGAUUUCAGAAUAAUUGGGAGUACUAGCAAUAAUAUCAGAACAAGAAUAAACAAUAGUUUUUUCAACAAUAUCAUCAGAACAAAAUAUUCAACAUAGUUAUAUUGAAGACAUUGCUUUUAUUUCAUCUUCAACUAUUUUAUUAAUUACUCCUUACUCAACUGUAGAGAUGAGAGAUUCAGUCUUUAAAAAUAAUAUUGUUACAAAUGGAUAAAAUUCUAAUUUAAUUUUGAUUGGUAAAUCAGUUUCAUUACUGGAUACAUAAUUUUUAGAUCAAAACAACAUAGAAUUCUAAUCUUUUUCACAACAUUUAAAUUGGGGAUUUUCAUAGAAUGAUUAGGUAUAUUUGGAAGAUUUAAUCGAAUCUUUUCCAAUAUAUUCUAAAGGAGGAGCUGGUUAUAUAAAAGGUUCUGAGAUCUUAAUGAAUAAUGUAUAUGUUAAAAAUACUAAAGCAUUAUUCGGAGGUGCUUUUUAUCUGACUCCUUAAUCUUUAGGAUCAUUGAAAUUGAUAAAUAGUUAAUUUUUCAAUUGUAACUCUGUAACAACUAAUUCAGAAAGAUCUCAAGGAGGCACAUUGUAUAUUGAUUCAUCUUAAUCUCAAUUAGACCUAUUAAUAUAUAAUACAACUGUAACAAAUUCAUAUAGUCGAAAUGAAGGAGGAUGCAUUUAUAUUGAACCUUCAAGAGUGAAUAGUUCAAUAUAAUUUUAAGAUUUUAGUAUUUAGGAUAUAUAUUCUUUAUUGAAUCCAUUUUUAAGAAUACCAAUUAGUUUUACAAGUUCUUCUUUAUUGUUAAUGAUUCAAUUUUAAAAUGUACAAAUUAUAAAUACUUACAAUGGCUAUUUAAGGUAUUUAGAGGAAAUAGUAGAUCUAAAACAAAGUGAAAUAUUGAAUCAAAAAAAUAACUAUUUAAUCUCAAUAGAUUAAGGUAAUGUUACAAUGCAAAAUUGUUUAUAUAAAAAUAUCUUUAAUUAUGGAUUUUUGAAUUGCUAAGGAUGCCAAUAAAUAAUUUUAACAAAUGUAGAGAUUAAGAAUUUUACAAUUUUGUCAGAAUCAAUAGUCAACAUAAUACUAAAUAAAAGUAAUUAUUACUAAAAUUGUUUUAGAAUAUUUUAGUACAAUUAAAUUAAAUGAGAUAUCUGUUGAUAAUAUGUUAGAAUUUAAUGGUUAGGCGGAUAUUCCUUAAGAAAAGGUAGAAAUUAUUGUAAAUACUUUAUAUAAAUGCAAUUCAAAUUUCGUGGUUCCAAAAACUAUAGAUAUAUUUUAUACUGAUCAGAGAAAAUAAAUAAUUUCACUUUAUAAUUUUUAUAGGAUAAUUAAUGGAAGAUAAUAGUUGAUUACAAUUUUUAAAAUUGAUCAAGUAUCUUAGUUACAUUAUCUAUUUUUUUAAACCUUCAAUAUGGAAUAAAAUUAUUGUUCAAGUUGUGAAAGUAGUAUAUUUUAAAUUACAAAUAUUGACAAAGCAGACUCAAAUAAUUUGAUUUAUAUCAUAGAUUCAACCUUCAAAAAUAAUACAUGUGGCAAAUUUGGUUGUGUUGUCAUAUCAUCUAAAGAUGAAAAAUCUAUUCAAAUAGAAAAUUCAAAUCGAAUUUUAGAAUCUGAUUAAACUAUUAGUAAUAUCAAUGCAGAAGUGAAAAUUUAAGACAGUGUUUUCAUGGAGAAUACUGCAACAUAUGGAGGAGCAUUGUUGAUUUCCUAAAUUAACACACUUAUCAAUAAUUGUAUUUUUAACUAAAAUGCAGCAAAGUAAUCUGGAGGAGCCAUCUACUAUUAACAUUAAGAAGGUUUCAAAUUACAUUUAUAUAAUUCAUUAAUCACAUACAAUAAUGCAAAUGUUGGAGGAGGAUUAUACAUGGGUAAAUAUUAGUUGAAUGAUCCUAAGACUUUGAAUAAUUACCUAAGAAAUAAUAAAGCUUAGUUUUUUGGAGAUAAUAUGGCUGAUAAUCCUUCAUAAUUGACUGCAUAAAUUGGAAAUUAAUAACUUUUAACAAAGAGAAUAAUUAAUACUAAUGAAUAAAUUGUUGAUUAAAUCACUUUAAAAAAUUAUACAAUAGGUUCAAACAUCUACAAAUAUAUAAUGGUUCCAAGUGGACAAAUCAUAUCUACCUAUUAGUUUUUUGAUGAAAAUACUUAAAGUUUUAUCAAUUACAAUUUUAGUUUAAGAAUUAUUCCUUUAAACAAACAAUAUGAUAGAAUUAAAAACUUAAAUGGAACUGAAUGUACUCUAAAAAGUCGUUAAAUUUUAGAUUCAAAAUUAGGAGAUUAUAAUUCAAGCUUAAUAAAUUUAAAGACUGUUAUUUUUAACUAAACAUCAUAAGAUUAUAAUUUAGAUUCACUUAUUGUGUAUUUUAAUCCAGAUUUAAAUGAUAAAGGAUAUUUGCAACUAGAGAUCUCAUGUAAUUCAAUAGAAAUUGGCUUGUAUUCUAAAGAUCCUCCAUAUUAAUUAACUUCUUUUCAAACUAAUUAUUCUCUAAUAAUUGAUUUAUAAACAUUCCCAUGUAAAAGAGGAGAGUUCAAAAAACCAGAUGGAACUUGUGUUUUAUGUGAUUCUCAAUUCGAUUAGUAUAAUAUAUAGGCAGGGGAAUAAUGUUAAAUAAAAAAUCAAAUAACUAUGGAUGAAGUGAAUGCAGCAAGAGUCAAAUUAAAACCAUUCUAUUGGAGGCCUUAUGAAUUUAGUCAUACUAUUGAGUAUUGUUAAAAUUUACCUGAAAAUUGUAUAGGUGGCUGGAAUCCUGGGAACAAUCUAUGUAUUAGUGCACAUAUUGGUGCUCUUUGUGAAUAGUGUGAUAUUUAUAAUAUUAGAGGUGAAGGAAAAUUUUCUACAAGUACAAUAUAUAAAUGUGGAAGUUGUGAUAAUAUUGGUGAUAAUACACUAAAAAUUGGUUUAAUUAGUCUUUGGACUAUGAUUUCUAUUUUAAUAUCAGUUAAAGGCACUGUAGAUACUGCAAAUAAAAUAGAUUUUGAUAAUAAAUUAUCAAAAUUGAGGAUAUUUGCUAAAAAUCCAAAGGCAGGAUUUGGUGGAGUUUUAAUUAAAGUAUUGACUAAUUAUCUUUAAAUUGUUGGAGCUAUUGCAACAUUUUAAUUGUAAUUACCAAGUAUUUUGUAAUCAAGUAUUCGUUCUGUUAGUAAUCCUGUUGAAUCUAUGAGUUUUUCAUUAGAUUGUUUCUUGAUUACCAUAUCAAAUAUUGAUAUCAUUUACUUUAGAAUGAUCUGGGCUCUUAUCAUGCCUAUUUUAUAUAUCAUUAGUUUUUUAUCUUUGUACACAAUUUGGAUUUUGAUAAGUCUAACUAAAGCUAAUAAAAGUGCCAUAACAACAAGUGCUAUAUAUCUAUUCACAUAUUUAUAACCUACUCUAUUGGGAGGAUUCAUCUCGUUAUUGUCUUUUAGGAAGAUUUCAGAUAUCUAUUGGAUCCAAGGAAAUGUUGCAUAUAGAUAUGAUACUCAAUCCCAUUUUAAUUGGAUGAUAACUUUUAUUUUACCUUCUACUCUUUGUCUUGCUUUAGUGAUUCCUAUUUAUAUGUUUUUGAGUUUGUAUUCAAAGAGAGAUAAAUUGACAGAUGGUGAGACUAGGAAGAUUUGGGGUUAUUUGUAUAAUGAAUAUUCACAAAAGGCUUAUUUUUGGGAGAUUGUCAAGAUUCUUGAAAAAGGAUUCAUGAUUGUAUUCUUAACCUUUUAUGAGGAUUUAAUCAUAAUUAAGGCUGCAAUGAUCUUUAUUAUAACCUUUAUUUAUUCACUUUUAACAAAGAAAUUCAAGCCUUAUAAAUUAUCAUAUUUGAAUUUUAUAGAUGAAAUAAGCACACUUGUAUGUGAAACUUCCAUAGUUCUUGGAAUGACUAUUUAUUCAGCUUCAUCUUCUGAUAACUAAGAAAUAAUUUGGCCUUUUUAUCUCAUUUUGAUUAGCAUAAAUAUUAUCUUUAUAAUAAUAAUCAUUUGGGAAAUUAUAUUAGCCUAAUUGGAAGAUUAAUAAGAGAAUAUUGAUAAAGUUAGGGAGAAAAUAAAUAAGAAAUUUCCAACAUUAUAACAAAAAAAUUGGUUAUGUCGUAGAUUACUUACUAACAGGGGAGAACAACAAAGAAGAGUUAGAGAUAGAUUUUAAAAAAUUAGAUAAUAUCUAAUGAAAAUAGUCAGAGCCAAUCCUGGAAGAUAUAAUAUGCCAAAUAUUUUUUAAUUUGAUAUUAAAUCAAUUGAAAAAAAUAAAGAUUAUAAUGUAAUUUAAUUUAUAUGAUAAUAGAACUCUCCAUCAAAUUCAGACAAAAGAGAAACCUAAAAUAAUAUUGAUUAAAUAAGUAAAACAAAAGUUUAUCCAGAAUUUCUAGUUGUUGAUUAAAUUGAUUCAGAAAGAUGA